GGUGUUAUUUGUCUCGCUAAAUCACUUAUGCAUGUAAAAACCAAAUUUUCCCUUCUUGUUUUAGUACCGAAUCUUGAGAAUAAAGAAACUAAUCUUAAUUGUAAAGAUUAUGAUGAGCUUAUUCGACUUGGUUCUAAUUAUAAUUUUUGGUUUAUUGAUAUAAAGGAGAUUAGUCGUAUUCACUUUAAAGUGACUCCAGAAAAUUGCGUUUACAUGAAAGGUCCAAUUUACUCAGAAUCUACUAACAAGCCACCAAUUACUAAUGCUAAAAGUUAUUUCAAUACUAGGUUGAUUAUAUUACACCCUUCUAAAUCAAAAUUUAAUAAAAUAUAUGACUGUAUUAUAAAUUAUGAAAACUCUGAUAAAUUAAUUUUUCUGGAACAGGAUCUUCUUAAUGAAAUCUACAAAAGAAAUUGGAUAGGGCUGCCUUAUAUUUAUAAUGCUUUGAAACCAUUGUGUAAAUAUUAUUCGUUGAUUUGGUUGGAUAAUGAUUUAAAGAACGUUCAUUAUAUAAUCAAUAAGCUAUGGAAAGAGAAUUUUAAUAAUGUGAGGGAAAUGAGAAUGGAUGAAAGGAGAGAUAUUUUAAAUAAUUGGUGGUGGAAAGUCUAUCAAGAUGAAGAGUUGGAGAAUGGAGAUUUUGAAGUUGUUUCAGCGUAA